AGAUCUAUGUAAAUCUUCCUUGUCCUUUAAUAAUAAAGUGUGACAUGUACUUGGGUCUUGGUGAUAACCACUUACGGAUGUAUAUACAGCUUAGGGUGGGCACGUGCCCUCGUUAGCUCAGAAGGCAACACACAGAUUCAGUUCAUCCUUUUUCAAGCAUUGUUUAGAAUGCUUGAAGGUGGAUGAUCAAUGGGUAAGGAAGGAUGGCAUUCCACAGGUUGCGAAUUAUUAACGCCCUAAUCGUUGGAUAUGUGCUGCGUUGCGUUGUGGUGUUAAGGAAAUCGAUAUAAAUUUGAUGUUUAGAGGUGUUUACAGUUUACCGAGUCUUCUGUUUUCUUGUCACACAUUUGUGACAUUGAAAUUGAACAUCAAUUGUGACUUGAAGGUUCCGUCUAAUGUUCGUUUACCAAACCUGAAAACUCUGCAUUUUGCAUACUCUGAAUUUCAAGAUGGUUGUUCAGUUCUUAGGUUAAUUUCCAGUUGCCCUGUCCUAGAAAAUUUAGAAUCUAUUCAUUGUGAAUUUCAUAAUACAAGUGAUCUCAAUAUCCAUAACCUUUCACUUAAGAGAUUGGUUUUGGAUUUUGGUGAGCUGUAUGUAGAUUCUCACACAGAUUUCACUCUCAUCGAGAUCAAUGCUCCAAAUCUAGUUUAUUUAAAAUAUGUUGAUGGAAUGGCUGAAGGGUAUACUUUAAGUGAAAUGAAAUCUCUAGAAAGAGCUCAUAUUGAAAUCACUCUAAUGGAUAGCGAGGAGCUUGAACGUGCAGCAAAUCUUCUUCGGUCAGUUUGCAAUGUACAGUCCCUUUAUUUAGCCAUCGAAGAUGACUCUAAAACGCUUUUCCUGGCACCACUUGAUCCAAUGCUUGUAUUUAACAACCUUGUUGAGCUGGAAUUUCGUAAUUACCUGAAUGAUGAUUGGCAAGGAACGUGGAUUGUGGAGUUUCUGCAUUGCAUGCCUAAUCUAAAGACACUUAUCCUGGAUCUGGCAAGUGCAUCAGAAGGUUUCAGGCCACUGCCUACAACGGUGCCUUCGUGUUUGUUAUUUCAUACCAAAGAGAUCGAAAUCGAAUUAUUUGAGAAUGUGAAGCAUAUGUUUAAAAUGGUUAGUUAUAUCUUGAAACAUGCAUCAGUGCUGGAGAAGUUCAUAAUUAGAGACGUGGACGUGUGUGAGGAAGAAUUUUCGACUGUCAUCGAAAAACUGUUGAGUUUACCGAGAGGAUCAAAGAAAUGUGAAAUCGUGACUCCCUAAUAUUUUGUUGUGUUUUUCUAUUUUGUAUCAUGUUAGAAACACUUCAUUGUCUCAAUUGGUUUGGCAGUUUUGUAUAGCAA